CUCAAAUUAUGGUGUCAUGGUCAGUGAGUACUGAGUAUUCUUCUUUACUACAGUUAAAAUUGGAUUUUGCCUAAAAAAAAUUCAAAAACCCAAUGUGCACUUUGCUUGUACUAUAAAAUCCCUACCAAAUAAUAUUGUAAAAUUGUAGUACAAAAAACCUCGGAAUCUUGAGCUCUGCAGUGAUUUUAUUGGCGAUUUGAGCUUCUGAAGUACUCAGCUCUAAUUUGAAAUGGCAGCGAGGAUACCUGGUUUGAUUGCUCUUUUUGAUGUUGAUGGUACUCUAACUGCUCCUAGAAAGGCGGCAACCCCUAUGAUGUUAGAGUUCAUGCAGAAACUUAAGAAGGUAGUUACUGUUGGUGUGGUUGGAGGUUCUGAUCUCGUUAAGAUAUCAGAGCAGCUUGGGAACACAGUUACUACUGACUAUGAUUAUGUGUUUGCUGAGAAUGGCCUAGUAGCUUACAAGGGUGGAAGUUUAAUUGGAACACAGAGCUUGAAAUCAUUUCUUGGAGAGGACAAGCUCAAGGAGUUCAUCAACUUCACUCUCCAUUACAUUGCUGACUUGGAUAUCCCUAUUAAAAGGGGAACAUUUAUUGAAUUUAGAAGUGGGAUGCUUAAUGUAUCACCAAUUGGGAGAAACUGCAGUCAGGGAGAACGUGAUGAGUUUGAAAAGUAUGAUAAGGUACACAACAUUCGCCUCAAAAUGGUGUCUGUACUCAGGGAGAAGUUUGCACAUUUCAACCUAACAUUUUCUAUUGGGGGACAAAUCAGUUUUGACGUUUUUCCUCGAGGCUGGGACAAAACAUAUUGUUUGAAAUACUUGGAUGACUUUCAUGAAAUUCACUUCUUUGGAGAUAAGACGUACAAGGGAGGAAAUGACUUCGAAAUCUAUGAUUCAGAAAGAACCAAAGGCCACACAGUUACAAGCCCUGAGGACACAGUAAACCAGUGUACGACUCUGUUCUUGAGCUAAUAAGACGGACAUUUCUGAUUUUUCGUCCGUUUUCAGUGGUUCAUCUCAUGCCUUUCGUGAAUCUAGACACAAAGAAUAAUAAUCCAUAAAGUAGUUGGUGUACACUUUCUUUCUUUUUUAUUUUCCUUCUGCUGGAAUCAAGAUUGUAUCUUUUUUACCUUUUGUUGUAACCUGUUGUUGUAAUAUUGGUAUUUCUAAUCUAUACGGAUAUGUAAUACUAUUACAGCGUGUUUCAUUUCCUAUACUUUUUUUUUUCCUUUUUUUUU